AUGGCGGAGUCCCGGAGAGUUCCGCUCACCACCCUGCGCCGCGACGACGAGGCACCGCCGGUCCCGAAGGCUCCGUCGAGACGCUGUGCUCCGCGGGCCGACGGUGGAGCUCGACCCGCCGACGCCGACACGGUCCGACUGGUCGUCACGUUGUUCGAGGCCGACGAGCGACGGUUCCCAGAGUUCAGCUACAGCCAGCUGAUCGCCGAGCGCGACCAGAUCAACGACUCAAAGGAUAAAGUUCCACAAAGCACAUUUGAAGAGGAAGAGGAGAGGGAGGAUGACGAGGUCGCUGCCAUUGCCAGGAAGUUGGAGGAAAAAUAUGGAGGCAAACCCAAGAAAAAGAAGGACCGCAUUCAGGACCUGAUCGAUAUCGGAUACGGUUACGACGACGAGGAUUCUUUCAUCGACAACUCGGAGGCUUAUGACGAAUUUGUUCCCGCCUCCAUCACAACAAAAUUUGGUGGAUUCUAUGUGAAUUCCGGCGUGCUGCAGUUCCGCCAGACUUCUGACACGGAGACUGAGGACCUCACAACACAAGAUCCAUCUAAAAAACGUAAACUCGAUGGUGGACGGGAUAAACCGAAGAAGAAGCCGUGCAGAGAAGCCGAAGAGACGAACGGCAAUAUGGACUCUACGUCGAGCGCUUUGUGUGGAAGUGGACCGAAUGAGGAGAUGAAGAGGAAGAAGAAGAGGAAGAGCGUGUGCACGCUGAGCGUCACGAGCAUGCUGAAAAAGUUCCAACGAGAGAAGGAGAAGGAGCGACUGAAAGCGGAGAAGGCGAAUUACAGGGCGGCGGGGAUCACGGUUGUACCCAGAAUCCCUCUGUGCCCGGCGGAUGCAGCCGGCGGCGGAGGCUCGGGCCUCACAGAUCCUCUGCUCAGUUUGAUCGGCUCGACCGAUGACCAGGCUCUCAUCCAGGCGGCCAGCACCAUGGAUUUUGAUAUCGAUCUAGUCUCUUUGUUAGAUGCCAGUGAAGAGACUUUAUCGCCGAAACUGGUUCCUCAACCUGCCACGGAGACGCAGCUUCUCCAACCCAGAACAAACGAUCCUACCCAGUUGAAUGUUGCUCCACCUCCAAACACAAAGACACAUUUUCUGCCAAAGACUCAACCAGAACAAGUUGCGCUCGUGUCAGAAGGCGGUUCCACCUCACCCCGUCAGUGCGCCCCGCUACCAGAGGGACUCACCCCCGGACUGGAAGAAGGCGUUAGAAAACUCAUGGUGGUCGUCAAGAGCUCGGAGGGCGAGUCCAAACUCAAGUUCUUCACUCCAGAAAUCAACUCGAUCCUGCUCGAUAUCGAGCUGCAGUGCCGGGGUCAGGGUGUCCAGUUGCGAUCCAGGUUGUACACGCACCUGUCGUCUUUCCUGCCCUGCAGCAGAGAUACGCUCCUGAAACGCGUCAAGAAACUGCUGCUCACACACACGGAGGAACCACCCGAUCUGGAGGAUCCCAAACAGAAACUGAAGGAGGCCAUCGGCAAAGCGAUGCCCGAACAGGUCGCGUGUUACCGUGCAAACUGCCAAGCAUAUGAACAAGUCAAGGCUUCAAAGGCAACCGAGGAGGAGACGGAGGGCAAACAGAAUGUGAAUGUUGCCCCAGAGGACAACGUGGAGGAGAGAGGUGUGAAGAGAGGAGGCCCCAAGAAGUCGUUCAAAUGGAACGAGGAGAUCAGGGAGUGCUUGUGUCACGUGCUAAGGCCAAAAAUGGACCGUUACGAAAAGGAGAGGAGCGGGAGCCAGGAGGUGGAGGAGUACCUCAAGACGCUGCUGGACAGUGAGGUGAAACCGCUUUGGCCGAAGGGCUGGAUGCAAUCUAGGGCACUGAUACGGGAGAGCAGGAAAUUGCUAGGCCUUUUCACUUCAUUGCCGGUGAAGAAGGCCAGACCGGAUAAGAAACAGUCUUCUAUCAGUCUCCACAGUGUCUCCGCAGUGUCCGAUGUUCCCCACCAAGCUCCACCACUAAAAGGAGAACUCCUGCAAGAAACGGAGGGCGUGUUUACCGAAGGACCUCAUAUUUCCAAUUCUAAGUCACUUGAUGCUGUAAAGACAGAAGCCGCUCCCUUGGAAGAUAUGGAGGUUAAAAAGGGAGGCGAGGUGACGGCGAACGCGCCGACGCCCGCGGAGUCGAGCAAACCUCCGGUCGGCGCCACGUCCGCUCCGGCUCAUUCCCUCCUGGAUCUCCUCGCGGAUCAAGCGUUGGCUCGGAAACGGCACCGCGCCGUUUCCCCGGAGCUCCUGGCUGCGGCCAUCGCCAAAUACAAACGUUCAGGUCAACACUGGCACUUUGAGGUGGAUACCAAAAGUCCUCCACCGGCCCCUCAGUCCAGCCAAGUGAACUCCCCGGUGUGUCAGGUGGUCGCGCCCCUGCCGCUGCAGGCGGGAGACUUCACCAGGGGUCUGGACGCCAGCCAGGUGCAGAUCCUCUCCGACGACUCUGGCACCACCAUACAGUGACUGCUGCCGGGGCAGAUUCACUGCACUCACAAUGAGAACGGUAACCAUGGAGAUGGAGGACACGACAGGAUUCUGUCAAGCGGAGCAGUGACAACGUGCCUACAUCAGCAGUGGUAAAUGUCUGCCCAGAGGAAUCUCAUCCGCGAAUAUUAGUCAAACUUUUGGUCUGUGCUGUGUGAAGACCUACUGUCAUGUGCUUUCUGUCCGUGUUUUGGAUCGUGUGUGUGGUCUGAGCUCAGUGGAAACCAAAGAGCCAUACUCGUGGUUUUCACCCACGAGAGGAUUAGUUGCACUUUAACCAGUGAGCCGACGCCCUGCACCUUAUCUGAGUCUGACUUGACUUCUGCUCAGUAAACCACUUGGUAAUAAUCCUUCAGCUGUGACUGGUAUUAGUUUUGUUUGAAAUGUUAAUGAUUUACUUUGAAAUAAUAAAU